AUGCCAGACAUCUCAGAAUAUCGACUAGGAAGUGCCUGCAGGGUGAGCAGUCUCACUCAGCUAAAAGAUGAAACAGAUACGUCACCGUCGAACCAGGAUAUAUUACAUAAAAAAUCUAAUAGUGCUAAAGAAUCCACUAAUAUUGUACUUCACGAUAAUGGUGCAAAUUCACCAUCAGCUGUAGAUUACAUUAGUCACGCAAAUUCAAGUUCGGAAAAUGCAGCUUGCUGUUGUCGUGAAAGCAUAAAUGAUUCCCUUGUCUUGAAUGAUUCUUCUUCAUGUCUACGACGUUUGUUUACAUCAAGUUUAUUUAAUAUGGAUAUGGCUAUUCAAUAUCUUUUUCGAUCAGAAGAUAUAAGUGUACAGACGUAUUUAGCGGAUCGAUUGUUUGGUUUCCCAGAAUCCGACGUAGACUUCUAUUUGUUACAACUUGUUUCCUUGUAUGACAAAUCGCCUACAUUAGCUGAACAUUUAACUAAUUAUUUUAUUUAUCGUUGUAAAAAAUCAGUUUCAUUUGCAAUUAAUCUUGUCUGGUUAUUGGAUGCCUUCAAUUCUCAUUCAGCUGUUUCGCAUAGACUUGGUUCAUCGCUGAUACUUAAUCGGCCCUCUUCUGUACCAUCAUUUGUAAACUCUACAAAUCCACUGUAUUUAACUAAUUCAAGUGAAAACUAUCCAACUACCAGUGUUACUAAUCAUACUAAUGAUCUUGUUAAUAAUGGUAGUAAUAAUAAUACUAAUAUUAAUAAUAAGUCGAGUAAACUCAAAACAACAUCAUCAGCUGUCACAUCUUUACAAGAAUUGGAUCAUAGUGUUGUUGAUGGUGACGCUGAUAAGGAUAAUGAACAAUGA